UCAUGUCAUGCAUAUCAGCUUCUCAAAUUAUAUACACUUAUAAAUAUAUACAUAUAUAUAAAUCUUAAUCUUCUUCAUAAUUAUAGGUAUUGCCUUGGUUUUUUUUUUUUUCCUUUUCUGAAACAUUCAUAAAUUAUUUUUUCCCCUAAGAAUUUGCAGAAAUGGGUGAAGAAGCUGAUAUGAAUAAUGGAAUGUUUGCAAGUACUCCAAAUUUUGUUGAGAAGAAAGAUCAAUGGAUGAACAUGAAGGAUCAUGAUGAUCAUAUCAUUAUUUAUGAUGAUGAUGAUGAGAUUACAAGUUCAUCAUCAUCAUCAUUCAUCGGGGAUGUAUAUUCAAGAACUUGUUCAUCAUCAUCAUCAUUAGACAUGGUGGAUGAUGCAUCUUCAUCUUCAUCUUCUUCCACCAUUGAUGGACCUUUGUUUCAUUUAUCUGAGCUCAUGGCCCAACUCCCCAUCAAGAGAGGACUUUCCAAAUAUUUUCAAGGGAAAUCACAAACAUUUACAUCACUUUCAAGUGUGAACACCGUUGAAGAACUUGCAAAGAAGGAAACCCCAUUUUAUAGGAAGAAAUUGAAGGCAUGUAAAAGCCAUAAAUUGUACACUCCUCCAAGGGCCACCAUUGGUAAGAAAUUAUGGAGAAAUCAUGGGCUUUCAUCGUCAUGCCUAGGGAGGAAUGUUAGAAGUAGUUUUUUAAGUGGUAGGCCUCCCAUAAUUCCUAUUCCAAAGAAAUUUUAAUUUUCGAGAUUUUCGGUAUUCGAUAACCAUGUUGAAUUUCAACUAUAUUUGAACUUGAGCCACAUUUUACUCCUUAGUGCGGGAAGAUCCACAAGAUUAUAACCCCAAAA